UUCAUUCUCUCUCUGUUCGCCCAACCUCCGCAGCGUCAAUACGUGUAUUUAGUGUAUUGUGUUUUGUAACUGUUUUCUUUCAUAUAUAAAUAAAUAACAAGUGAUUGUAAAAGUGACUUUUUGUUAAUAACGCCCUGCUGCAUUAGAACAUUCUUUUAUCAAUCAAAAUAGUGAACAUUUUGUGGUCCUUCGAGUCGUGAGGGUCAUUGUGCGCGUGAACAAGAUCGCCAUUUUGUGAAAAAUUGUGUCUAAUCUUUGUCUCAAGGAGGUCGUCACGUGACCAAGUGAUCCAUUCUUUCAACAUUCGUCAAUUCAUUCAGAUUGUGCUGCACUCUGGCGGGCGGCGGGCAGAAGCAACCUAUAUUUGUCAAUAUCGGUCUUAAAACACUCGAGUCCAGGCCAAAAAAUUGACACAAAAAAAAAGAAGCGACAGGCUUAUUUCAACGUCAUCAGGCUUCUUUCAUUUUUUCUAUUGUUUUACUACGUGCUAUUUUUUCGACAUGACGGAACAAGAUAAUCUUCAAGAAUUACAACAAUUAAAACAACAGAGAAGUUCAUUAAAAGGAAAACUCACACGCAUAUGUAAUUUCAUACAAAGUUAUAGUGCUACGAACAAUACACUUCAUGAGAUCAAGGCGCGUCAAGCCGAACUGGAGAAAAUUUUCAUUAGAUUCGACGAGUUGCAAUCUGCGAUCGAGUGCUGCGAAUGCGAUGAUCCAGAACGUCAAGAGAUUUACGAACAAGAACGACAAACUUUUGAAGACAAAUAUUACUUGGCGAAGUCGAAAAUGGACGCCUUACUAACUGGGCCUAUUAUUACCGCACGAUUGUCAACAGAUCAUCAACAGCUUAGUUCGACCUUGAAUCACGAUACCAUGUACAAGAAACCACGCGUUAAGUUACCUCAACUGGAAUUACCAAGGUUCGAUGGUGAUAUUCGGCAAUGGCCGGCAUUCAAGAAUAUCUUCAUGGCUUCCGUAGAUGACACCGACAUACCAGUGGUCAACAAAUUACAAUAUCUGAAGUCGUCACUCACGGGAGAAGCAGCGAUCCUUAUAUCCUCAUUGCUAGUGACGGAGGAAAAUUAUACCAAGGCCAUGGAAAUUCUAUCAAGAAGCCCUACCGAGCAAAUCAUGUGUGCUCAAAAUACAAAUGUCUAACAUGCCAUGGUAGACAUCACACCAGUAUACAUAUGGACAGAAAUCUACAGCAACAGCAGCCAUCAUCCAAAUCCAAGAUGCAUCCGGAAAGUGGAUAAACGCUCGAGCUCUCCUGGACGCAGGUAGCGAGGUCAACAUUGCUACCCACAGACUGGCAUCCAUGCUUCAGCUUGCAUGUAAAGGUGAUAUUUGUAAUAUUAGUGGCGUAGGUAACACCCAAAAACAAUCCCAAAUGAGUAUUCAUACUAGUAUUUCUUCACGUUAUACUAACUACAAGGCUGAUCUCACAUUCAUAGUGUUAGAUAAUAUAGCAGUGCCGCUACCACACAACUAUAUACCUACACAUACCUGGCACAUACCAACUAAACAAGCACACACACUUGCUGACCCUACUUUUUUCAUACCUAGCUCAAUUGACUUGCUUAUUGGAGCUGAGCUCUUCUACUCCAUACUACUGACAGGACGUAUAAAACUUGGUUCAUGCUUACCUUUCUUAAUUGAAACUACCCUAGGAUGGGUUGUAUCAGGUUCUUACAUUCCUGAUUCUAGUGAGCUUACUUCUGACUGCACUACACCUGUUAGCAUGCAUUUAUCAUCUACUCCCACAGAUGGCAUACUCCAAUCUUUCUGGGAACAGGAGGAAGUACUGUCUACACAAAAGUUAAUCUCUCCUGAAGACAAAUACUGUGAGGAGUUGUACACCUCAACCACUACACAGGAUGAUACUGGUAGAUAUACUGUGGAUUUGCCUUUACAGGCAGAGAAAGUGAAUGAAUUAGGUAAUUCAUUUAAUACUGCUUAUCACUGCCUACUUAAACUGGAAUCAAGGCUUACUAAGGACCCUGACCUCUAUACUCAAUAUAAGGCAUUUAUCAAUGAAUUUAUUGAGCUUGGCCAUGCGCACUACAUCCACAGCUUCUCUCCUACUGACUCACAUGCAUAUUAUGUACCUCACUUACCAGUACUUAAACCAGAUAGUGCAUCUACAAAGAUGCGUACUGUUUUCAAUGCAAGUGCUAAAUCUUCCAGUGGCUUAUCACUCAAUGAUGUGCUUUAUGAAGGUCCUAACAUUUAUAAUGACAUUUUUGAUAUCAUAUUAAGAUUCAGACUAUACAAAUAUGCUUUUUCUUGUGAUAUUGUUAAAAUGUUUAGAAAUAUCAGAAUUAAUCCACAACAUACACCUUUACAAAGAAUUUUAUGGCGAAAUUCAAAGUCUGAACAAUUACAAUGUCUAGAGUUAGAUACUGUCACCUACGGUGUCAAAAGUGCACCUUACCUUGCUUGUCGCACUAUGCUAGACUUAGCUGACAGACACACUGUCACUCACCCAUAUGCAUCAGACUGUAUAAAGUCUAGUUCAUACAUGGACGACUACUUAUGUGGCGCUCAAUCAAUAGAGCAAUGUAUCCAAUUAUGUACUGAGCUUACUGACUUAUUAGGGACAGCAGGUUUUCAGCUUCAUAAGUGGUCUACUAACCACCCUCACAUUUAUACACACAUAUUGAGCUUAAAUCCCUCAAGUCAAAAUAACACUCUACUAGAUGAAAACAACACUUACAGUUUUACUCUUCAUGAAUCGGUUAAAACUCUCGGCUUACAGUGGCUACCUACACAAGAUACACUUAAUAUUUGUAUACCUAACUUCACAGAGAAUACCCCCUGUACUAAAAGAAAUAUCUUAUCUCAAAUUGCCCAAAUAUUUGAUCCUCUGGGUUUGCUAGCCCCUACUACUAUUUUAGCUAAAACUCUCAUGCAGAACAUUUGGAAGAAUAACAUUGAUUGGGACUCUAUUAUACCUAAUGAUUUAUUAGAAACUUGGCUAAAGUUAAUGAGCCAACUUCAUGCUUUAAAGUCCAUUCACAUUCCCAGGUUUUAUUUUUCUGAUGUUCCUACACAAAUUAUUCUAAUAGGAUUCAGUGAUGCUUCCCAUAAAGCCUAUGGUGCUUGCUUAUACUUAAGGGCAACAUAUCCUAAUAAACAACCUACUUGCACUCUAGUAACUGCUAAGUCCAAAGUUGCUCCUAUCAAAAAACAACAGUCUAUCCCUAGAUUAGAACUGUGUGGAGCACUACUUUUAGCUAAAUUAUUGACUAAAUUCAAGGAAGCUACUAAUAAUAAAAUUACUAUACAUAAUUUGUAUUUAUUUACAGACUCAUCCAUCGUUCUAAGUUGGAUCAAAUCACCUUUCAAACACAAACAUGAUAUUUAUGUCACUCACCGUCUCAUGCAUAUUAUUGACACUACUAGCAGUGAGGACUGGUACUAUGUGAACACUAAACAGAAUCCAGCUGACUUAAUCACUCGAGGAGUCAUGCCUAAUGCACUACCAUCAUGCUCUCUAUGGUGGCAAGGCCCCCUGUGGCUAGAACAGGACAUAUCUUUAUGGCCUAUCUCUAUUCCAAUGGAUAGUGAUAUAACACAGAAUAAUGAUGAUAUAAUAUCUACUGCUCAAGUGUUUAAUAUUUGCUCUACAACAGGUAUUAAUUAUUCAUUUUUCUAUGAGCAUUUUAAAAGGUUUUCUAGCUAUACUAACUUGUCUAGAUCAAUGUCAUACUUAUUCAGAUUCAUACAUAAUUUGAAAAACAAGCAUAAUAAACUUACUUCUCAUUUAUCUGUUUCAGAGCUUAAACACUCACAGACUUUCAUUCUACAGGCCACACAACAUCAUUCAUUCCAUAAGGAAAUUCAAGAAUUAGAGACUUUACAACACAACACUAACAUACAUACCCAACCUCUGACAAACUCUCACAAAUUAUAUACUUUUACUUCUAGCCCUAUUAGAAAACUGAACCCUUUCUUAGAUAAUGACAACAUCUUAAGAGUUGGAGGUCGCAUACAGCACUCAGACAUACCAUACAAUCAGGCUCACCCUAUCAUACUCCCAAACAAAGACCACAUAACCACACUGAUCAUACGUCACUAUCACUACAAACUUCUUCACGCUGGCAUACAGAACACACUCUACAACAUAAGACUUACAUAUUGGCCUAUAGGUGGUAGACGUGAAGUAAAGAAAUGUAUACAUUCUUGUACUAGAUGUAUUAGGUAUCGUGGAUCAGUCUGUGGACAGCAAAUGUCUAACUUACCCGCACCUCGAGUCACGCUUACUCGUGCAUUUACCCACGUAGGGAUUGAUUUUAGUGGCGCCAUAGCCAUAAGGAGUUCUAUGACUAGAAACUGUAGAUAUUCUAAAGGUUACAUAUGUUUAUUUGUGUGUAUGGCUACUCGUGCAAUUCACUUGGAGUUGGUCACUGAUUUGUCCACUCAAGCCUUUAUAUGCUCCCUGAAAAGAUUUGUAUCUAGACGAGGUAUUCCUACUUGUUUGUAUACUGAUAAUGCAACCAAUUUUAAAGGCUCUAAAUCAGAAUUACAUGACUUAUAUAAGAUGUUUUUAAAUGACAAAUGUUACAGUGAAAUAACAGACUUCUGCGCCUCAAACUGCAUUGAAUUUAAAUUUACUAUUCCUUUAGCAAGCCAUAUGGGCGGUAUAUACGAGGCAGGCAUUAAAUCUGUUAAAUCAUUGCUUAAAAGAUACUUAUUUAGUACUAAACUGACUUAUGAGUUACUUUACACUGUGUUGGUACAGGUAGAAGGGAUUCUGAACUCUAGGCCCUUAUAUCCUAUAACUGAUUUGCCUAAUGACUUAACUUGCUUGACCCCUGCUCAUUUUAUCAUUGGCACAGCUCUAACUGACUUACCUGAACCUAAUCAGCUUGACAUUAAUGAAAAUAGAUUAAAUGUUUAUAAAAGAAUAAUACAAAUAAAACAAAGAUUUUGGAAACAAUUUUAUUCUUGCUACUUAUCAGAAUUGCAAACUAGAAAUAAAUGGUUUAAUGUUCAUAAAAACUUAAAUUGUGGAGACUUAGUUAUCAUUAAAGAUGAGGCUACUCCUCCUACUUUUUGGCCCUUGGGCAGACUCGUUUCUACGAAUAUUAAUAAGACUGAUGGUCUAAUUAGAUCAGUAGUUGUUCGUACUUCUAAAGGUAACUUUACUAGACCUAUACAUAAAUUAAUUUUAUUGCCAAGUAAGACUGAAUGAUACUUUGUAAUGUACCUAACUACUUUUGUCAUAUGUAUAAAUUACCUAAUUUAAGUACCUACUUGCUUGUAUUAAGCUAUUUAACUUAAGAUAAAUUACUUUAAAUUACUUACUUACCUUCGUAUUAUGCAUAAUGUUAAACUUUGAAUGAUAUCAUACCUACUCUAUUUAGCCUAUAACUUGUAUCCUAUCUAUAUAAUAAUAACAUAAAAAAAAUAUAUCUUACCUUGUUAAUCCUAUAAUUUUAUCUACUUUAAAUCUUGCUAUAAAUUUGUUUUGUAAAAUAUGCAAAAUACUUGCCAUUUAAAUAUUCAUACUUUAUUAAGUACAUACUCAAUCUAUUAAUUAUAUAGAGUAAAGUUUGACUAUAGUUUGCCUACUGUGUAACACUACCCCUAACUUAACUUACUAAAUUAAAAUUACUUACCUUACUUACCUUUACCAAAUAUACUUACUGUUACUAUGUUCUUACUGCCUUUGUUGCUAUUGAUGUAGAUAAUAAUUAUCUUGUGUACUUAAUACUUAAGGAUCUAUUCUUCUAAUUAAUGAUAUUAGGAUAUCUUAAUCUUGUGAUAAUAAUGGUCUACAUAUUAAGGUUGGUUCUAUUUGCUACUUAAAUAAAAAACAGGACUCCUAAAGUCAAACAUUUAUUUUUAUAUAAACUUUAUUUUAAGUUUUUCACCUUUUUAGGGGUGGCGAGAAAUGUUUAGUAUUCAUUCACAGGAUUCAUACUAAAUUCAUUCUUCCCUUCAUUCUCUCUCUGUUCGCCCAACCUCCGCAGCGUCAAUACGUGUAUUUAGUGUAUUGUGUUUUGUAACUGUUUUCUUUCAUAUAUAAAUAAAUAACAAGUGAUUGUAAAAGUGACUUUUUGUUAAUAACGCCCUGCUGCAUUAGAACAUUCUUUUAUCAAUCAAAAUAG